UUCCAAAUUCCACUUCCUCUGUCCGUUGUGCUCUAAGAUGCCUACCAAGAAGUCCAAGACCAGGAAGCUUCGUGGGCACGUGAGCCACGGACAUGGUCGUGUGGGUAAGCACAGAAAACACCCGGGUGGUCGUGGUAAUGCCGGCGGUAUGCACCACCACAGAAUCAACUUUGACAAAUACCAUCCAGGUUACUUUGGAAAGGUGGGCAUGAGGCACUACCACUUGAAGAGGAACACUGUUUUUUGCCCAACCAUAAACCUGGACAAGCUGUGGACUCUGAUUAGUGAACAGACAAGACUCAAUCAUGCCAAGAAACCUGAUGGGCCUGCACCCAUCAUAGAUGUAGUCCGUGCGGGCUACUUCAAAGUCCUUGGUAAAGGCAAACUGCCCAAGCAGCCAGUCAUCGUCAAGGCCAAGUUCUUCAGUCGCCGAGCAGAGGAAAAGAUCAAAGAUGUGGGAGGAGCUUGUGUACUGACUGCAUAAGUAAUUGUUAUUGCAAAAUAAACAACAUUAAAAAUA